GUAAGUACCGUAGAGUAAAACAGAAAACGAACUCACAAAGAAAAUCUUUUAACACUUGUUUUUAUUUGCCUUGUUUUUCUAAGAAACUAAGAUUUGUUUAUUCGUUUAACUGGUUUGGUCACGACAGGUGAUUGAUCUUUAAAGGCGAGUUACGUCUUUUUGGUUCUCGUCUUCUGUUUCUGAAGAGGCAAGUUCUCUUUCCUCCCUUUUUGGUUACUAGCUCUUUCUUGUUCUUGCAACUCUUAUUCACCUCUUCUUAUAGAAGUCCAUGGUUUUUCGUGUUUCAGAGUUUUCUCUAACUUAGAAAUCUCUUUUCCUCUGCAGUUGUCUCUUCUUGCCUUCUAUUGCUGAUAAGGUGUUUUGAAAGAAGAAAAAAAGCCUAAAAUGAGCAAUAUAAAGCUAGGAGUUGAAGUGAUAAGCGCACAGGGUCUGUUACAGAGAGAUAAGCAUAACUCAUGUAGCCCUUUCGUGGAGCUCAAGUUCGACAACCAGAUAUUCCGCGCAACGACCAAACACAACGACCCAAAUCCUGUCUGGCACGAGUGUUUUUACUUCGUUGUCUCUGACCCUUCCGUCUUGUCAACUCGUACGCUUGAAGCCCACGUUUACAGCUACCAGAACGAAUUCGAUGCUAAGCCCUUUCUUGGCAAAGUUCGAGUCAACGGAACAUCUUUUGUUCCUCGCUCUGAAGCAGCUCCUUUCAAUUACCCUUUAGAGAAACGCAGUGUUUUCUCUCGAGCCCGUGGAGAACUUUGCUUGAGAGUUUUUAUCACAGACGACCCUUCUGUUACACCUUCUGUCCCAACCCCGGUUCCAGAAUCUCCUCAAGCUUAUAGCCCAAGUCCGCGUAAAGAACAUGUGAAGUCCUUAAUCACAGCCGAUGCAAGUAUGGCUACUGAUGAGAGAAGAGAGCUAAAGCCUAAAACACGUACGUUUCAUAACUCUGCCCCUUUAGUGAAACAACAGCCAAUGAUGAACUAUGGCAUCCACGAGAUGAGAGCUGCACCGAUGCCUCCAAGAGUGGUUCAAGUCAACGGUCCAGGUCCAUCCUUGCACCAGCUGCCACCAGAUUUCUCUGUCAAAGAAACAAGCCCUUUGCUCGGAGGUGGACGGAUCGUUGGAGGACGAGUGGUUCGUGGUACAGAGAGGCCAACAAGCGGGACAUAUGAUCUCGUUGAAGAGAUGAAAUUUCUCUACGUGAGAGUUGUGAAAGCGCGUGAUCUCCCCAACAAAGACCUUACAGGAAGCCUAGACCCGUAUGUCGUAGUAAAAAUCGGAAACUUCAAAGGUGUUACCACACAUUUUAACAAGAAUACAGAUCCCGAGUGGAACCAAGUCUUUGCCUUCGCUAAAGAUAAUCUUCAGUCGAACUUUCUUGAAGUUAUGGUCAAGGAUAAAGACAUUCUCCUUGAUGAUUUUGUUGGGAUCGUUAAAUUCGAUCUCCGUGAGGUUCAGUCUCGCGUUCCUCCUGAUAGUCCUUUAGCUCCCCAGUGGUACAGACUGGAGAACAAGAGAGGCGAGAAGAAGAAUUAUGAGAUAAUGCUUGCUGUGUGGUCUGGAACUCAGGCUGAUGAAGCUUUCGGGGAUGCGACUUUCUCAGACUCAUUGGUAGAUUCAGACAGCUCCAACAUUAUAUCCGCUAACCUGCGCUCAAAAGUGUACCAUUCGCCUCGGCUAUGGUACCUAAGGGUGCAAAUAUUGGAAGCUCAGGACGUCAUCAUCGUGUCUGACAAAUCCCGUGUUCCAGAGGUCUUUGUGCGAGUAAAAGUCGGUAAUCAGAUGUUAAGGACUAAAUUUCCCCAGAGAAGCAAUAAUCCAAAAUGGGGUGAUGAGUUCACGUUUGUAGUCGCGGAGCCGUUUGAGGAUAACUUGGUCCUCUCCGUGGAAGAUCACACUGCUCCUAACAGAGACGAGCCAGUAGGAAAAGCUGUGAUUUUGAUGAAUGACAUAGAGAAACGUAUAGAUGAUAAACCUUUUCAUGACCGAUGGGUUCAUCUUGAAGACUCCAUCUCAGACGCUAUGGAUGUUGAUAAAGCCAAGAAAGUGAAGUUCGCUACUAGGCUCCGGUAUAAGGCGGUUCUCGAUGGAGGCUACCACGUUUUUGAUGAGUCCAUGUAUAACAGCAGUGAUCUCAGACCUUCGUCGAGAAAGCUCUGGAAACCAGCAAUUGGUGUCUUGGAGCUCGGGAUACUUAACGCAAAUGUGUUCCAUUCGAUGAAAACUCGGGAAGGGAAAGGUACUUCGGACACGUACGUUGUUGCCAAAUACGGUCACAAAUGGGUUCGGUCACGAACUGUGAUCAACAGCAUGAAUCCAAAGUACAAUGAGCAAUACACAUGGGAGGUUUUUGAUCCUGCAACGGUUUUAACCAUCUGCGUCUUUGACAACGCUCAUUUCGCAGCAGGAGAUGGCGGAAACAAGAGAGAUCAGCCGAUUGGGAAAGUCCGCAUUAGACUCUCGACUCUUCAGACGGGCCGUGUGUACACGCAUGCUUACCCUUUACUUGUUCUACAACCUACUGGUCUUAAGAAAAGAGGAGAGCUUCACUUAGCGGUGAGAUUCACCUGCACAUCGGUCUCCAGUAUGCUGAUGAAAUACACAAAACCUCUCCUGCCUAAAAUGCAUUACAUACUACCCUUAUCCACAAACCAACAGGAAGCUCUUAAGAUGCAGGCUAUCAACAUAAUUAUUGUUCGUUUAGGCCGGUCCGAGCCACCGCUGAGACGGGAAGUGGUUGACUAUUUGACAGAUUGGAAAAGUCAGCUGUUCAGCAUGAGGAGAAGCAAAGCCAACUUCAAUAGGUUCACGACAGUGUUCUCCGGUGCGCUGUCUGUUUGGAAAUGGAUGGAACAAGUGUGCACAUGGAAGACUCCCGUGACGACGGCUCUGGUGCACGUGCUCUACACUAUGCUUGUGACGUUCCCGGAGAUGAUUUUGCCGACUGUGUUUCUGUAUAUGGCUGUGAUUGGGAUGUGGAAUUACAGGUUUAAGCCUAGAUUUCCUCCUCAUAUGGACGCCAAACUAUCUUAUGCAGACAAUGUAAAUUCUGAUGAGCUUGACGAAGAGUUUGAUACCUUCCCGACCGUAAGGGCUCCGGACAUUGUGAAAAUGAGGUACGACCGGCUGAGAUCUGUGGCCGGGAAGGUACAGUCGGUGGCUGGAGACAUAGCCGCACAAGGAGAGCGAGUGCAAGCGUUGCUGAGCUGGCGUGAUCCACGCGCCACCGCAAUAUUCGUGACGUUCUGUUUCAUUAUUGCCAUGGCUCUCUACAUUACCCCUUUUAAACUUGUCGCUCUGUUAUCCGGUUACUACUUCAUGCGACAUCCAAAGCUCCGACACCGCAUUCCCUCCGCUCCCGUCAACUUUUUCCGGCGACUUCCAGCCAUGACCGACUCUAUGCUGUGAAUCUUCUUCUGGAUAGAGUAAUCAACAAACAUGCCAUGUAUAUAACUCUCUUCUUUGAAUCUGUAUCUAUCUAUCGAUAUGCAUCUAUAUGUGUUGACAAUCAUGCGUUCGUGAACUCGUUCUCCGAAUUAACAAUGGUGAUCGCAAACAAACUCUGAUGAUCAAAUCAAAUAAAUUGCUUCCACACUCGCAAUGUUGAAACAGAG